UUAAUGGCAGAUAUCAAUAGGAGAUGAUGGUACGCGUCACGUCUGUUUGGUUGGACAGCCACCAAGUUGACUUGGAUGUCAGCGCCUGUUGUCAUCAGAACCUGGUUCUUGUGUUGCCACAUCAUUUUUGGUGGUGGCGCUGUCGUCACCUCCCAACGCUUGCGCUCCCCGAGUUCCCAUUCAAGAUGGUGCUGCCACGGACUUUGGCUCGUGGGGGUGCCGUCGCUACUGACAAAGCCUGUGCUCCCCGUCGUCCCUGUUGAAAUGGUGGCUGGAACUUGGAGAGGGUUUGCUGCCACAGCCGGAUCCAGUGUUACAUUCCUGUGGCUUUUUGGUUGUUUCCCAAUUAUUGAAGGGAGUUGCAGGCUUAUCAUGGGCGACACAGUGCUUUGCUCGCACCUUCACGGAGUACAGCAAUGUGGGGAAGCAAGUCGAGGACAGCCUGUCUCGAUUUCUGUCCCGGGGGCACUAUGCUCUUUCAGCUGACACCUUACAGACAUG